AUGCUACUUUCAAAACUAAGCAUCCUCCUCUUAAUUUGUAUCCACUCUGUAAACUCAUCCCGCAUAGAGGACGCCAUAAUUGACCACAUUCUCACAAAUUAUACCCCCCGAAGUCGUCCAGUAAAUUCAAUCAAAACCGUCCUCAACGUUUAUAUUGGGCUCGGCUUGCAACAAAUAGUUGAAGUAAAUGAAAAACAACAAUAUAUUACGAGCGUUGUCCACUUGACGACGCAAUGGAUAGAUGAAUACAUCCACUGGAACGCGUCCGACUUUGAAGACGUCAUCAUGGUGCGAAUCCCUUCCGUCAAAAUUUGGCAGCCCGACAUCUUCCUGUACAACAUGGCGAGUGAUGCAAUGUUCGAAUCUGGCGAGUACCGCGGGAAGUUUAACGUCUUGGUUGGGAAUAAAGGGCUCAUUUACAGCGUUCCGCAAAUGGUGUUGAAAUCAGCGUGCAAAAUGGACGUGACCUGGUUUCCAUUUGAUACACAAAAAUGUCCUCUUAGCUUUGGGAGCUGGACUUUUUCCUCGAUUGAGAUGGACGUAAAUUUGCUGAAGAAUGGGAUUGACUUGGAUAAUUAUAUUCCGCAUGGCGAGUGGAAACUGGUGGGUGUGACGGGUAAAAGGGUGUCCAAAAUAUAUACAUGCUGUCCCGAAGAGUAUUUGACCAUCAGGUUUACCCUGCAUAUUAAGAGGCAGACGAUGUACUAUUUCUUCAAUUUGAUUGUGCCAGCGUUUCUGAUUGGAUUCCUUGCCAUCCUGGGUUUCACACUGCCACCGGACAGCGGAGAAAAGUUGUCUCUCGGGGUGACCGUGUUGUUCAGUUUGAUCGUAUUUCUAAAUCAGAUCACCUCCACCAUGCCGGCCAAUUCGGAUAACGUUCCUCUAAUCGGGACAUACUUUAACUGUGUCAUGUUCACCAUUGCGUUAUCCGUGGUGAGCACGAUCAUAGUAAACCUUAACAUCCGGUCGGGUAAGGAACCAAGGCCGAUUGGAAGGCAUACGGAAAAGCUGUUGCUAAUCUGGUUGCCAUGGAUACUGAGAUUGGAUCCUGGAAAAUAUUACGAUAAUGAAAAAUCUCCAGUUUAUCUGAGGAAGACAGCAAUUCAAGAUGUCCUAAUGAUUGGAGUAAAACCGGAUAAGUCGCACAAGGAAAAAGUGGGUGUGGUUGGCAACGUGGGACGCACGUCAGGACGAAGAAAUGAUCCGCAGUUGAGAGAAAAAUGGUUAUUCGUUGCAGUGGUGGUUGAUCGGUUGUGUUUGGUUGGGUCGGUUUUAUUUGCGUUCAUUUCAGUCGGAAUUCUAUUAAUUUCAAGUUUGACUAUUCACUAA